GGCGGACUUCUAAUGGGCACCGUGACGAGAGCAUGACUUGCUGGAGUGGAACGGUUCUCGCAGUACUGCUCCUGUACUGCUGUCUGUCCCAGCACACAUCCCUGCUGUGCUCGGCUCGCCUGUAUCAAGGAACUCCGCCGCGGGGCUGGAACAGCUAUGAUGCUUUCACAUGCACGGUGACAGAGGCUGAGGUGAAGGCGAAUGCGGACAUCAUGCACGACGAGCUGGCCAAGUACGGUUACGAGUACGUCACCAUCGACUACGAGUGGUUUCGGCCGGGCACUGGGCAGUUUUCAUGCUGCGGCCGCAACCCAUGGCAGGACCUGGUCGUGGACAAGUAUGGCCGUGCCCUGCCAUCGCCCGAUCGUUAUCCUUCAGCAAAGGACUCCACCGACACUGGCUUGCCCGGUUUCAAGCCCCUGGCUGAUUUCGUUCACGGCCUGGACCAGAAGUUUGGCAUACACAUCAUGCGCGGCAUACCGCGUGUUGCCGUGGAAAAGAACAUGCCCAUAUUUGGCAGCAGCUACACAGCGCGGGACGCGGCGGACAACAAGACCUAUUGCAGCUGGUGUGACGACAUGAGCGGAAUAGCCGACAAUGCCGCUGGCCAGGCCUACUACGAUUCGCUGAUCAAGUUGUACGCCGAGUGGGGAGUGGACUUCAUCAAGAUGGACUGUGCCUACAGCAGCGCAACCAAAUCUGAGAUCCUACAGAUCAGCAAGAGUAUCCAAGAGUCGGAGAGGGAAUUUGUCCUCAGCAUGUCCCCGACGGACCGAGAUACAAGCUUUGCCAUGGAAAUACGCGGAAAUGUGUCAAUGUACCGAGUUAAUGGCGAUGUGUGGGACAACUGGGGCAACAUCGAGUCAGCAUUCUCCACCGCCGCCACCUUCCCGACCCUGAUCGGCAAUCCCUCGUACCCAGACCUGGACAUGCUUCCUCUUGGCAAGCUGAGCGUGCGCGGCGGCCACGGCCCGGAGCGUGUAACGGCACUCACGGAAGUCGAGCAGCGCACAAUGAUGAAUCUGUGGGGCAUGUUUCGUAAUCCCUUGGUUAUGGGUGGGGAUUUGCGUUCCCUCGACGACGCCACCACGGCAUUGCUGACGAAUGAGGAGCUCCUGAAGGUCCAGAGCAGCUCCACUAACAACCGACCAAUCACGUCCACAGCGUUCCGGGUCGUAUCCGAGCAAGCUAUUCAGGAGGUGAUCAACGUUGAGAAGUGUCGUGUGCCCACCGACCCACACCAGCAGUGGGGACACGUGUCGGCAACGACCGAUGGCUCUCUACCGAAUCACGCCACGUUUGGUUGCCUGACGUUGAUCAACUGCUCAUUCGUCAAGAACGCUACCCUUGGUGCGGAGAGAUGUCAUGUCGGCUCAGGCUGUGAUGAUGGUGUUAAUCAGGUGUGGGAAGUAGGCCGGGAUGGAUACAUCGACACUCCCAUGAACCAAGCUGUGCUGACCACCACAUCCGCCACCUCACUGCCCUGCAAUGUCACCGCCAUGGCCAAGGACUCCAACUUGACAAAGCUGCAGCUGUGGAUGAGGAACGAGACUGACAACACCCUACACCAUCUAGCCACAGGUGGCUGCCUUACGUCCACCCUCAUAGGUGGGCCAGAGGUGUUGGGCAAUGACGAGGUCAGUGCUGUGGCUUGGGCAGCCAAUCUAGACUCCAUGGUCUACGUGGGCCUGUUCAACUUGGACGCCCAGGACACUGCGAAGGUGUCCGUGAAGUUCGCCGACAUCGGCAUCCGCGCAAGUAUGUGCGAGCUGCGGAACAUCUGGAGCAAAGAGGUGCUGCACACGCAGACCGAGAUCAGUGACUACGUCGCACCGCAUGGCUCGGUAGUGUACGCCAUCGACCCUGCAUCGUGCUAAGCUUAAAUUAAGCCAACAUGGUACAUUGCAUGUGAUCAACAGUGAAAAUCUACGCACAAUACCGCACAGCGGCUAUGCAGGUCACUCUGGCCUGGAAGAUCUUACGAUGACUGCCAAGGACAAUGAUUUGUGUGCCCACUUUCUAGUACAUAGCUUGUCAUAAUGUGCCUUUCGAUUGGCGCAAGUAGGCUUAGUUUCCCCAUGCCCUGCGGCAAUAUGAAAGAGUUGAUUUCCUUCGAAGCAAAUUUUAAUUUUUAUGGUGCUGUGCGCCAACAUACAGAGAAUUUUACUAUCUGAAUUUUUGGGGAAUUUGAAUGAUUUCAAUUUACCCCGAUAGCCUUGCUAAUUUUACAUAGGGCCUUCCCUAUCAAAAUAAUAAAUAAUUCUACUACUACA